UCUCGCUCUGCUUACCCGCCAUUCAGUUGCCCGUGUGAGCGCUAUCAAGCUGGUAUCCGUUGAGUUGUGUGCCGAAACCCAUUAAAUUUCCCGAACCAUUUUCCGCGCUUCGAUUUUUGUUUUUGUUUUUGGCAGCAGCAGCAGCGGUGUGUGUGCCCCCUCGUACCAGAACGGUCGCGGAACAAAACGCAUUCAAGGCAAAGCGCUCCAACCGGCAGGUCCUGUGUCACUCUCUCUCUUCACGCCCGUUAGGCUCAAUCAUCAUCCAACAAAAGCGAAAUGGCUGGCGGUAAAGCAGGCAAGGAUUCGGGCAAAGCGAAAGCCAAAGCAGUGUCGCGCUCCGCAAGGGCGGGUUUGCAGUUCCCGGUCGGACGUAUCCAUCGUCAUCUGAAAAACCGAACCACCAGCCAUGGACGCGUCGGUGCGACCGCCGCCGUUUACUCGGCAGCCAUCCUGGAGUACCUGACGGCUGAGGUGCUGGAGUUGGCCGGCAACGCCUCGAAGGAUCUCAAAGUGAAGCGAAUCACGCCCAGGCAUCUGCAGCUGGCCAUUCGCGGUGACGAGGAGCUGGACAGCUUGAUCAAGGCCACCAUUGCCGGCGGUGGCGUCAUCCCCCACAUCCACAAAUCGCUCAUCGGCAAGAAGGGCGGCCCCGAGUAAUAAGCAGUCCCGAGCAGUUUUGGAUAGCGGGGACGGGGAAGAGGGGAGUUUGCAAACGAUAGCAGUCCCAUGCGCGAAAACAUGGGAAGAAGCAGAGAGGGGCAUUGGGGUAAUCCAUUUGUAUGACCACAAUGAAAGUUUAUUUUUAAUCGGGAGCGUGUGUGAGAGAGCGUAUGCUUUUUUUUCUAUAUAGAACCUACGGUGUUAUAGAGACAGAGAAGGUAGGGAGCAAGAAAGGGGGGAAGGGGAGAGAGUGGUUAGGCGAGCGCGCGCUCAAAACCGAACGAAGGAGACUUUUAGAAGGAGAUGCGGUUUGCAUUUUUUUUUUUGUCAUUGUUUUUACCUUUGAUUGCAUCGCGGUUAAGGCAGAGGACUCGCCGGCGCACGUCGGCACGUGUGUGGCUAGAAUAUUGUGAGCUUUCGAACUUCAUAGAGAGAGCGCGCGCGCUCAUCCACCCCUAACCACCACCCACCCCCCGCGGGGGGGAAGGACGAUUAGUUCUGUUUACUUAUUGUGUCUUUUUUUUCUAUUCUUACUCUCUUUUUUUCCGAUCGCUCAACCUCAAUAACGAUAUAUUUAUAAGAACAGUGAACCUACAUUUCACUACCACACACACACACACACACACACACACACAUAGAGACUCGGAUUCUCGGGGGGUAUUUUUUUUCGUGGUUUCCUUGGCAUAGAUAGAUCCCGCCAAUAGAUUCUACUACGUACUAAAAAAAAAAGAAAAAGGAAGAGUGACGGGAGGGAGAAUCUUUCCGGGAUCUUCGACUGUUGGAAUCAAUUUUUAAUCGGAGAAGGAGAAAAGCAAAACAAAACACGUCUACUACUACUUACGCUAAAUAAAGAAAAGAAGAGUCAUAAGCAACUCACCAUUGUACAACGACAGGCUUUAUACUUUUACGGUUUUUUUUUUAGCAUGCAUGGCGGGAGGACACGUUUUCCUUUCCGUUCGGAGCACUCAUCACAAAUCUUCAUAAGGUUGCAGCAUCUUUUUUUUUUUUUUUGGUUUGCCUGAUGAAACACACAGCUCAUCGAUAUUGUGGGAUUUUGUACAAACAAAAAAGAGCAGCAGGAAAGAACAGCCGAAAAAUUGUACACUAA